AUGAAAAGCCUCAUCAUCGCAGCUACCCUCGUCGGUGCAAGCCUCGCGCAGACGCUGUCCAGCCUUCCACAAUGCGGUCAAAUGUGUUUCAACAACAUGCUCGCUCAAGCUCCCACGCUCGGCUGCCCCGAUGUCAAUGGUUCGCCUGAUGUCGUCUGUCUGUGCAAGAACGCCGACUUCAGCUAUGGACUCCACGACUGCUCCUCUGAGGCUUGCCCGGUUGGCACCGACAUCUCACCGAUUCUGACAUAUGGGGAAAAUUACUGCAAGUCUGCCGCUGCUUCCGCAUCCAGCGCCGGUAGCUCUGUUGGUGCUCUCUCUGGAACCUCUGCUUUGACUGUUGGUGGUGCCACAGCCACUGGCCCUAGCGGCGCCACUGCUACUGGCACCAGUGCUGCUGGUGGAAGUGCUUCUGGGUCUGGUGCUUCGGGCUCUGGCUCUGGUACCGGCUCUGGUGGCUCUGGUGGCUCUGGUGGCUCCUCCACGCCAGUUUCUACCGAGACGCUCUUUUCCACUAUUACUUCCGACGGCAGUACCAUCACUACCGCAGUUGGCACAUCCACCAUCUUUGGGGCAGCUGGUUCGGGCUCAGGUGGCAGUGGCGGCGCCUCGUCGACGCCUGUCUCGACCGAGACCCUGUUUUCGACUGGCACCGACAGUGCAGGCAGCACAUUCACGACGGUCGUGGGCACAUCUACCAUCUUUAGCGCAGUUUCAGGGGGUGGAGCCUCUGCUUCAAGCCAUGCGUCGUCGGUCGCCUCUGGCGCAAGCGCAUCGGCCUCGUCCAUCUCAGCCUCCCUUUCCUCCGAAAUCUCAUCGGCCUCCUCGGCUGCCUCGAGCGCUGCGUCGUCCGCUCAAGCUUCUGCAUCCUCACUUGCAAGCUCUGCGUCUUCACACCUGGCCAGCGCCACAAACUCUGCCGCUUCGGCUGCCUCGUCUGCUGCGUCCGGAGCAUCAUCGGCCGCUUCGUCGGGAGCAUCUAGUGCAACCGGUGCAGCCAUGCCCGUGGCAACAGUGGGCGUCAAUGGUCUGGCCGGUCUCGCAGGUCUUGCCGCUAUCAUGAUGCUGUGA